AUGCCCCUCUUCCACAUCCACGGCCUCGUAGCCGGCCUCUCCUCGCCCCUUGCGUCGGGCGGCGCUGUAAUCUUCACCCCCAAAACCGCGUCCUUCCUUCGAGACGCUGUUACGCAUGGGGCGACGUGGUAUACCGGGACCCCAACCCUGCAUCGCCUAGCGGCGCAAAUGCCGAUGAAGGAGAAGCCGGGUUUCAGGUUCGUGAGGAGUUGUUCCAGUAGACUUGAGGGCGGGUUGGCGAAGCAGUUGGGGGAGAGGUAUGGGUGUCCGGUCGUGGAGGCUUAUGCGAUGACGGAGGCGGCGCAUCAGGUUUGUAGUAAUCCUGUUGAUGCUGCAGGGACGAGGGAGGGCAGUGUGGGGAAGCCUACUAGGGUAAAUUUGAAGAUUCUGGAUGAUGGGGGGAGCGAGGUGGCGGUGGGGGAGAUUGGGGAGGUGUGUAUUAAGGGUGAGAAUGUUAUGGCGGGGUAUAUGGACAAUGAGGAAGCGAAUGCGAAGAGUUUUACCAGUCGAGGGUUCUUCAGGACUGGGGAUCAGGGGAAGGUGAUGGAGGAUGGGUUUGUGGUUUUGACGGGGAGGAUCAAGGAAUUGGUGAAUAAAGGAGGAGAGAAGAUUAGUCCGGUGGAGAUUGAUAAUGUUAUUAAUCAGCAUCCGGAUGUUGAAGAGGGUGUGGCGUUUGCGAUGCCAGAUGAGAUGUAUGGGGAAGAUGUUGGUGCUGCUGUCAUUCUGAAGAGUGGUGCUGAUUUGGGCGAGAAGGAGCUCAAGGCUUAUGUGGGUGAGAGACUGUUGCAGGCCAAGGUGCCGAAGAAAGUGUUCUUCGUGACGGAGAUACCGAAGACACCGGUUGGCAAGAUGCAAAGAGGACUGGUCGCGAAGACUAUGCUUGGUGAGAGCGAUGAGUGUGAGAGAAGCGGCGCCGGCGAUCCGGUUUGGAGCGAUCUGCGACAUUAUACCUCGUGCAUCUGA